AUGCGAAAACUGGCUGGCGUGGCCCUCCGUGUGUCAACCAGGGCCGCCCACACUAAACUGGCUGACCCGGCAGCAGUCUGUCCGGUGGUGCGCGUGGACGACUCCAGUCUGAGCGAAUCCGCCGUCGAGACUGCGGUCCAGCUGCUUCGCGAGGGCCAGGUGAUCGCCCUGCCGACGGACACCCUGUACGGCGUUGCUGCCGACGCGAGAAACGCCGAGGCCGUUCGCCGACUCUACAACGUCAAAGGCCGCGCCGAACGGAAACCGCUGGCCAUUUGCGUAGGACGCGUGUCCCAGGUGAAGGACUGGGCGCAGGUGCCCUUCUCCGAUGACCUGCUGAACGCCCUCUUGCCAGGGCCGCUGACCCUUCUGCUGCGACCUUCGUCCGAAAGGCACCUCAACCUUCCGGGGAAUCCUCCUCUGGUGGGCGUUCGAGUGCCCGGCCUUGCUUUUCCCUGCUUGGUCGCUGAAAGGUUGGGCGGACCUUUGGCCCUGACCUCUGCCAACCUGAGCGGAGCGCCCAGUGCGUUGGCUGUCAACGAAUUCCAGCAGCUUUGGUCUCAGCUGAGUGCUGUUUUCGACGGAGGAGUAAUUGUUUGCGAGGAGAGGUUCUACGGUUGUGGAUCUGAGUGA